AUGACGUCGGCCACCAAGGUCUACUACAGCCAGACGACGCAGAGCCUGCUGAUCGGCGCGGGGCUGCGGCGCCGCCGCGUCAUGACCAAGGACGGCCGGAGCAACGUGCGCAUGGAGCACAUCGCCGACAAGCGCUUCCUCUACCUCAAGGACCUGUGGACCACCUUCAUCGACAUGCAGUGGCGCUACAAGCUGGUGCUCUUCUCGGCCACCUUCGCGGGCACCUGGUUCGCCUUCGGCGUCGUCUGGUACCUGGUGGCCGUGAUGCACGGGGACCUGCUGGAGUUCGCGCCGCCCGCCAACCACACGCCGUGCGUCAUGCAGGUGCACACGCUCACCGGCGCCUUCCUCUUCUCCCUCGAGUCCCAGACCACCAUCGGCUACGGCUUUCCCUCAGAGUGUCCGCUCGCCAUCGUGCUCCUCAUCACGCAGCUGGUCCUCACCACCAUCCUGGAGAUCUUCAUCACGGGCACCUUCCUGGCCAAGAUCGCGCGGCCCAAGAAGCGCGCGGAGACCAUCAAGUUCAGCCAGAACGCGGUGGUGGCCCAGCACAACGGCAAGACCUGCCUCAUGAUCCGCGUGGCCAACAUGCGCAAGAGCCUCCUCAUCGGCUGCCAGGUGAGCGGCAAGCUCCUGCAGACCCACCUCACCAAGGAGGGCGAGAGCGUCCGCCUCAACCAGGUCAACGUGGACUUCCAGGUGGACACGUCUUCCGACAGCCCCUUCCUCAUCCUGCCCCUCACCUUCUACCACGUGGUGGACGACGCCAGCCCCCUGCGCGAGCUGGCGCUGCGCACGGGCGAGGGCGACUUCGAGCUCGUCGUCAUCCUCAGCGGCACCGUGGAGUCCACGAGCGCCACGUGCCAGGUGCGCACGUCCUACCUGCCCGAGGAGAUCCUGUGGGGCUACGAGUUCACGCCGGCCAUCUCGCUCUCGGCCAGCGGCAAGUACGUGGCCGACUUCAGCCUCUUCGACCAGGUGGUGAAGGUGGCGGCGCCCCGCG